AUGGCCACACCACAUUAUUGUUACAGUUUCCUUCUGGUGUCCCACCUUUUUCUCCUUUCAGCCCAAUCUCUGGAUCCCACUGAUUUCAAAGCCCUUCUCUCAAUCAAGAAUACUCUCACCGACGUCUCUCCCACCACGCCUUUCUUCUCCACCUGGAACCUCACCGCACCAGAUCCCUGCUCCUCCUUCUCCGGCGUUACCUGCUCCUUCAACCGAGUUACCAUACUUUCACUUGGCGCCAACUCACUCAGCCUCGCCGGCUCACUCCCACCAUCCAUCUCCGUUCUCACCGAGUUGACCCAGCUCAUCCUCUCACCUGGAAUCGUCACCGGUUCUAUUCCCCAGGAACUCGGUCAACUCAACAAACUCCGAGUCAUCUCCUUAUCCAACAACCGCUUCACAGGGGCCAUACCCUCAAUCUUCUCCUCUCUCAAAACCCUCCACACCCUCGACCUGAGUAAUAACCAACUCGCCGGGUCUAUCCCACCGAGUCUCACCGAGUUGCCGCAACUCAGAGUCCUCAUCCUAGCCUCCAACUCACUAACCGGAGACUUCCCGCAAACCGUUUCCUCGCCAUUACUCCAUUUGGAUCUGAAGAACAACAAGCUCACCGGGACGUUACCGCCGUGGAUGCCGUCAUCACUCCGUUACUUAUCCGUUUCGCAAAACCAAAUGUGGGGUCCACUCAGCAACGGCUUGGACUCACUCUCAGAGUUGGAGUUUCUAGACCUGAGCAUGAAUCAUUUCAGUGGGCCCAUCCCGGCCCAACUCUUCUACUUGCCAACGCUCUCCUCUCUCUUCCUACAACGGAACAAUCUCUCCGGUCACCUUCCGCAAAGUCCCGGUGAUAACGGUCCGUUGAUCUGGUCCCCAUCGUACGGUGAAGGAUCGACCGUUGAUCUCAGCCAUAACUCACUCAGCGGGAAACUAUCAACGGUUUUCGAUGGCGUGGAAAGCUUGUUCUUAAAUAACAACCGAUUUAUUGGGACGGUCCCUGAGGUGUAUGUUAAGAGCAUGUGCCGCGGUAGCACCAGAACAUUGUACCUUCAGCAUAACUACCUAACGGGGAUACCGUUUCAGGAGGGGACUGUAUUGCCCGAUACGGCGUCGUUGUGCUUGUCUUACAAUUGCAUGGUGCCGCCGGCUAGCCUGAUGACGUGUCCGGCCAGUGCUGGGGAGCAAUUGUCGAGGCCGGUGGCCCAGUGUACCCUCUUUAACAAGAGAUUAAAUUAGGUUCGAAGCCGAUUUCACAUGAAACUGAUAUCGAGAACUGUCAAAUUUACUUUAUU